AACAAGUUAAUGAAGAAAUAGAAGCCUCUUCAUCUUCUCAAAGUCAAGAGGUACAAAACAAAGCAAACAUGUCAGUAGAGGAAAAGCAAAACAACAAGAUUCUCAUUGAGGAAAGUGCUAAUACUACAUUGACAGACAAAGAGCAACACAUAAAUCUCUAUAGGAACACUUCAACAAACAGGGCUGAAAACAAUGCAAAUACACCAAAACAAUGGUCAA